UAGCGUGUCGUAAAGGCUGUCUGGAAGACGUUGCGCAAACACAAACCUGCUGCAAACCAUCACUUCUGGUUACUUGACCUAUAGUUGCUUCCCAACCAACGGGCGGAAACUGUUGUUAAUUUACAUAGCAGAUAAGCCGUCGUCUGGCUCUGUAAGACACAUGCCCUCUAUUUAACAGUCAUUACAGCAGUUGUAGUUCGUUUGUGUCAGUUGUAUUGAUCAGUGUUUGCAAUAGAUUAAUGGCAUCCUGGAAUCGUACGAAUGAAAUUCCUUAUCCAACAGUUUGGCAUCGGUUUGAAAUACGAAAUCCAUCGACUGGAACGUGCGAAACAUACCGCGUGCAGGAUUUACCUCCUGAUCGCAUAGAUGAUGCCAUUAGGCACAUGUGCGAGUAUUUCUUACGCGACGAACCAAUAUGUGCUAGUUUAAACCUGGCACAGGAUCCAAUCGGAGUUGAAGAAAUCACUGCGAUCUGGCGCUCCAUUGCCAAGCAACGAUGCAUUGUGGUGUGUUAUGAAGAAGGUCGCGAAGAAAUUGUAGGACUGAAUAUGUUGACGGUCGUUUCCAAGGAGGACCCUCCGUUUGAUAACAAGUUCGAAAGUUGCGCCGUCAAAACGUUCGUAGGGAGCACUCUUUACAUGACAAAUGAAGCAAAACUGUUCGAGCGCUAUCAGCAUGCUAAAGGUUUCUUGUCCGCCUGGGGGCUCUCGGUUCACCCUAGCUACCGGAGACGAGGAAUAGCUGCGCAGAUUCUGACGGCGCGAGUUCCUAUCUGUCGUGCCUAUGGUUUGCCCUUUAGCGCCACCGUGUUUUCUCACCCCGGAUCACAAAUUCCAGCAGCGAAAAUCGGUUUCCGGGAUGUGUUCACGAUGAAGUUUGCGGAUUUGGCUCGAGUGGGAUUCCAACUGGCGGUUGAUGUCGAAUGGAACAAGCUGAUGGUUUUGGAAAUUGAGUAAUAUGAUAGUUUAAAAGGAUAGUGAAUUGUAAUAGCGAAGAAUCGAAUCGAAAUAAAAUUAUAUUUUGUAUAUAUAUGUAUAUUCCUGCAAAUUCCUGUGAUGUUUUAAACUUUGUUUUUUCAAGAUCCGUAUGAAUAAACUUUUAUAGAAAGGUAAA